AUGAAGUCACAAUUAAAGAGGUUAAACGCUUGAUUGAUGAUUAUGAUCGCCAACACUUGACAGUACUUCUUAUACAGUUUGUUGGAAAUAGCAGACAAAAGGAGAAUGAAAAGAUUCAGGAAAUUAUUUCGAAAGAAAUGAGCUUUAUUUCAGCAGAAAAAGCAUUGAAAUUAUUUUUUGCGUAUUUUCUGGGAUUUGUUGCGUUUAUACCUGUUGAAGAGCGCAUAUUAG